GCUGGCUGCGGCUGCGGUUUUUUGGCUUUUGACGUCGCAGCGGUGGCGUCCUGCCGGUAAGUGUAGCGCGCAGCACUGGUCGCUACCACACAAGACCCCUUGCAGCCUCUGAGGCGGAGGAUGCCGGACACAGCCUUGUCGCUUUGCAAAAUUUUGCGACCCUAGCGACCGUAACACACUAGCAAUCUACUUUUGCGCUUUUUUGGGCCUGACUAUGCACAAAACCGCCUCUGCUAUGCAUUAAGGGACGCAGACGUGCGACUCAUUCUUUCGGUAUCGAGACCCGCAGCGCUACGCCGUCGACGAGGCCCCAAAACAGCACAUUCGCCUCAGGGCCAAAAAGCAGCAUAUACAGAGAUGGCCUCCAUCCUGCAAUACAUGCGCACGGACUCGCCGGCCACCGUGCCGCCGGCGGACAACAACGACACGCACGCGCUCGUCUUCCGCUGCCACGACCCGACGCCGGCCGCCCUCCAACGCAUCGCGGCCGCCGCGGACCAAUUGCAACAAGCGCGCGUCGCGGUCUGGGUCUCGCUCGACACGACGCACGUCCCGGAGGAGCCGCCCUCGCUCCUCCCGAUCCUCCAGCACUCGCCGCCCCGGAAGAAGCGGCGGUCGGCGCCGCCGACGCCCGCGCAAAAGGUGCGGAGGACGCUCUCGAGCCACAUCGCGCGCGGCGCCAUCCGAGUCCACGAGUACGACGAGGCCGACAUGGUCCGGAGGUAUCCCGUGCUGCGCGACUUAAAAAGGAAUCCGAGAUUGCAGGAGAGCGAGGAGUUUCAGCGCGGCACGCACUCGCUUGCGUGGGGCCUGCACGCGGAAGCAUUGAACGCCUGGUACCAGAGUUUGGAAAGGAAGCCGAGCUUCGUCUGGUGCUUCGAGGACGACGUGGGCUUCUCCGGGUCCCUCGAGACGCUGGUGGAUAUCGUGAAACGGGACUGCGGCGACGCGGACCUCGUGACGGCGGAUAUCAAACUCAGACCCUCGGAGGCGUGGUGGUGGCUCGACGUCCAUUCGACGGCGUUCGCCGAGCGCUACGGCGACGACGUCUACAUCUCGCGCGAGCACGUCCAGCGCUUCUCGAUGAGGUUUCUAGAUAGGCUCCACGUGCUGAGUCUGCAACGAGUGACGUGCUGGAGCGAAGCUUUGGUGCCGACGAUCGCGCACGCCGAAGGGUUUGUCGUCGCGGAGCUGCCGCGGCUCGGCACGCCCUUCGCCCACGACGGCCGCGUUUCCCAACAGGAGUGGGCGCACAUCACGGAGUCGCACGCGGGGCGGCGCGCGGACCGGCUCUACCACGCGCUCAAGUUCUGACUUUCUCUAAGUUUUGUGCUGUUUGUGACCCUUACCGGGCGGGUUUACGAGCUGGUGCGCCGUCGAGCAGACGCGGUGGCAAGAGACACACGAACAUACUAUAUAACACAAAAGCCAACA